AUAUACGUCGCACAUUUAUGGCGAUUCUGAGCGUGCGGGCAGACUUCUGCCAGGCCCAGCACAGCAUCCGGGCCGACAAGUGAGCCGAGCGCGGGGGUCCUACGUGCCAUAAUUACUUUGCCUUGAAGACUCCAGACACAGCGGACACACUCAAAUAUAUGGGAUAUCUUCUGCACAUUGGAAGCAUAUUCCUUUUACUGACUCUAGCAAAACUAAGCGUCAAGAAAACAAAGUGGAGAGAAAAUCUGCCCUUACUUUUUUGCCUCACCAGUGCCUAAAUGUAGAACAGGCUGCCUAGUCUUGCAUGUAGUCAGAGUUUUUGGAGUCUGAAGGAUACCACCUGCAGUAAUUGAGGCCGAAGUUGAAUUCGAGUGGAUUCUGAAGCAAACCUGCUUUUCUAGAAGCGAAUUCUUUAAGGAACAAACACGUCAAAGCAAGCUCUGAUCAAUCCCAGGCAUUUUAGUGGUCUUUUUAAUGUUUUCUGCUGUGAAACGUUUCCAAGGUUAUUGAUUUCUUUUUUAUUUUAUUUUUUUUUUUUGACCCCCUACACAUUUUGGUUGCAAUUAUGAACCGUCCAGCCCCCGUGGAAAUUACUUUUGAGAGUAUGCGUUUCCUGAUCACUCACAACCCAACCAACGCGACCCUCAGCAAGUUCAUAGAGGAGCUGAAGAAGUAUGGAGUGAAAACCUUGGUGCGAGUUUGCGAUGCCACUUACGAUCAAGCUCCUAUCGAGAAAGAAGGAAUCCGGGUUCUAGACUGGCCGUUUGAUGAUGGAGCACCACCCCCGAAUCAGAUAGUUGACGACUGGCUGAACCUGGUGAAAGCCAAAUUUCGGGAAGAGCCUGGAUGCUGUGUCGCUGUUCACUGUGUUGCGGGGCUGGGAAGGGCUCCUGUCCUGGUUGCACUUGCUCUCAUUGAAAGUGGAAUGAAGUACGAGGAUGCAGUUCAGUUUAUAAGGCAGAAAAGGAGGGGAGCUUUCAAUUCCAAACAGCUGCUUUACCUUGAGAAAUACCGACCUAAGAUGCGAUUACGCUGCAAAGAUGCCAACGGUCACUGCUGUGUUCAAUAAAAAAAUGCAAAAAGAAUAAUCUCAAACGAAGGCAGAAGUUUAGCAUGGCUGUUUUCUGGACUCUUGGCACCUGGAAAUGUGAAUCUGGAAUCAAGCUGUCAUCAAAUGAGUGGUGGAGUCAGUGCUCCUCAACCUCUGUCCUAAUGGUGGUGAUGAUUGAAACAAAAAUAAAAAUAAAGUUAAGAGAAACAUUUCAGUAAAGGAUUUGCUUUCUCCUUAAGCUGCAGUUUGACCACCUGCAAGGAGAAAAUCAGUUUCUCAACCUUCUGUAUUUUUAACUUUUUAAGAAAAAGAAAUAAAGUAAAUUUUAUGUCUAAGGAAAACC